UUCCCAAAGGUGCAUGUGCUCAUGCUCGUGUGCCUCGACCUGCCCCUCCAAAUACUACUCGCUCCAUCACCUAGGUAGGACUUUGUGCAUAUUCUUGCACCGUAUUCGCCUCGACACCAACGAUUCAUCUUGGGCGACUUCAAUGCACCCGACCGUCGCCGGCCUUCUUUGUCCUUGUUCUGCCUGACUGUCGUUCGCCCACGACUCGCCCACGAUACCGACCUGAUUGCUGCAGAACACGUAACGGCAGGCUAAAGUUCGAGACCACCCGAUAUUGACGAUUUCUGACACACCGACGGAGUUACCGGAGACGAUGCAAACAUUCUAAGAUGGCGAGUCCAGACGGUGGAGCUGCCCCAGCUUCCCUAGACGAUCCCAACCGCUUGUACGAGGAUGGAGGAGACUCGAUAUCGGGCAGCUCCCACAUAGGGAGUGAUGCCUCAAGCACCUCUCUAGAAAGAGGAGACUGUCGCUGGAGGAAUGCCCGAUACCACGACAUGGAGUGCUCCCGAUACUUUGACUGCCCUACUCACGUCGUGGAGAGACAGCUCUCCGACGACGAAGCCGAGGAGGACGAUGCGGGGGAGGACGAACCAACGGUGCAUCUUCAGAUGGAAGACGACACGAUCGAAAUUUCUUCGAGUGCAAGGCUACGAACCAUCGAGCCCGCCGUGCCAGAUGUAACUUCAGAACCGAGAGCAAGCUUUGCGCCCGUGCCCGAGCCGACGACUACGGAUCAACCGACAGAACCAACAAAUUCAGCACAGGCAACCUCAGCACGGGAUACUCAAGGGCCUGGUGAGUCUCAGGAUCCCGAAGAAGCCGCACCGGCACCACCAACGCCUUUGAGCUCUCGACUUUCAGAGUCUUCCCAACCUCUUCCACCCACCGCAACACCUGCGCAACCCACUGGAGAGUUUGUCCCGCCGGAAAGGUCAUCCAGUUUGGCAACCUCGCAAGCUGCAAACGUAUCGUUGCACGACUUGUCUCUUCGUCCAGCCUUGUCAUCGAGUCGACCCCCUACGACGCCGCCCCCGCCGCCAGCUAGACGAUCGAGCUCUUCAACUGCUGUUCCGCCCGUCUCGCGGGCCCAGCAGAGUUCUGAGGAGAGGAGCAGCCCUCCCGAGUUUAUCUACCCAAGGUGGCAGCCAGACGCAGAGGUUACUCUCUGUCCGAUAUGCCACAUACAGUUCAGCAUUUUUGUUAGAAAACAUCACUGCAGGAAAUGUGGUAGAGUCGUGUGUAACGCCUGCUCGCCUCACCGAAUCACGAUUCCUUAUCAGUAUAUUGUACAACCGCCAGGACAACCGCGGCUCGCGGCCCAGAGAUACCCGUCGUCCCUCAUCAGUGGUGAGGGAGGAUAUGCAGAUUUCAGCAAUCUUGGUGGAGGAGAGCGAGUUCGUCUAUGCAACCCAUGUGUCCCCGACCCCAACACCACGCCGCCUCAUCAGCCGCUCGGCUCGCCGUCACAGUUAUCCCCCCGGGGCUCGCAUUACAGAUCACAAAGCAGCAUCGGCACAAUGUCCAGCAACGCGCCCCCUCCCAAUCGGUUCUCGGGCUACUUCACGUCGGGUCCUUCCCCGGAGACCUACGCGCGGUCUAGAAGCAUCACGCAUUCCGGCUCCGGUGGGCCCUCAGGCUCUCGCGGACAUCACCAGUCUACCCAAAACCGGAUCAUGGCGGGGACCCCUCCAACGUACUACCCUUCGUCAUCGUCCGGCUACCCGGGCUCAUCCCGUUACCGGUCUAUGCUGGACGUUGGCCCGUCUUCUUCAUCAUCGGCCGCCCAUAACCGUGCACUGCCGCCGCCGCCGCCGCCCCAGAUCGCUGAGGAGGAUGAGUGUCCCGUUUGCCACCGGGAGCUGCCCUCACGCAGCCUGCCCAACUUCGAGGCCGUACGAGAGACGCACAUCAACACCUGCAUCACCGCCCACAGUACAUAUAGCGGCACGCCGACGGGUGAGACGCCACAGGAUACCGUCGGGACUCCGCCUCCUUUAGCCGUACGCCGGACUGGCAUGUUUCCCUAUGUGGCAACGGAGAAGGACUGCGUCGACUCUGCCGAGUGCACCAUCUGCCUUGAGGAGUUCGAGGUAGGCGUCCCCAUGGCGCGUCUAGAAUGCCUUUGCCGUUUCCAUCGGUCUUGCAUCUCGGCCUGGUUUGUCAAUCAUCCCGGACGGUGCCCCGUCCACCAGCAUGAUAGUUUUGGCUAUUGAUACCUAGGGUUGUUCUUUCGCCUCUUCUGGUGUCACCUACUCUGCAUUUUGGCGUUUCGGUUACGUAUGGACCAGUCGGUCGUCACCGAGUCUCUCCUUUUGGGACGGCUGUUUUCUUGUGUCAUGUUUUUGUGCUUUUCAUUUGUGGGCUUGCAGCAAAGCCGAUAUACUUACUUGUCUCUCUAUCUCCUCCCUCCCGCUGUUGUUCAAAGCGAUAUGGUAUUGGAAUGGGACUCUGCUUACGCUGUAUGUGUUCGUCAUCGAAUGCGGGUGUUGGGGAUGGUCGGUGGUUGUUCGUUCAUAUUUGGGUAUGUAAUGGUCUUUCUCUCUAGACCAUGCAGCGCCGGGUCACAGUUUUCUGUUUCUGUUUUACACAACCAGGGUAUAAUACUUUCAUCAGUAGAUACUUCUGAAGCGAGAGGCAUGGGGGCGCUUUUGUUGGAACAGUGGCACGCACACACUCUCUCUUCGUCCUUCUCUCCUCGACGGAAAUACCACUACUCAGAAUAGAUAGACUCGAGGAAUUCUACACUACGUGUCGCCCAGGACGCGAAUACCU